CAAAGCAGUGAACGACGCACUAGGACUGGCAGCCUAACUAUAUAAAGCUUGAGCUGACUGCAUGUGCUCAGCACUCAAGCCUCUUCCUACCAAGCAUCUCACUCAUUCAAGCACCUUACUCCUGUACCAAACUUUUAUCCGAGCAGUAGGAGAUACACUGGGCUCCCUCCCUGCGUACAUCUAAUGGCUGCGCUUUCUAGGACCUAAUAUAUUGCUGUUUUUAAGAAUUACGUGGGAGAGAAAACAGACAAAGCUACAUACAACUAACACUUCAAAGGAAAAGCACAAAAAAUAACAUUGAAUAAGGACACAGCCAUGGGGUAUCCCAUACAGGUGUUUGCCUGUCUUCUUUUAAUGCUGGGUUCUCAAGUGAACAGUGGACUUAUAAGAAAAGUUAUCCGACACAGAAGGGACACUGGUUUAAACAUAACCUUGCCUGAAGACAACCAGCCAGUAGUGUUCAACCAUGUGUACAAUAUUAAAGUUCCAAUGGGUUCCUUAUGCUCAGUUGACCUCGAUCCUAUAGGAACAGCAGAAAAUGAGGUGAAGCCACAGACAGGAAUUGAGAAAAAUUACCAAGAAACCACUUUAGACGGGGAAAACCAGAUUGUUUUUACUCAUCGGAUUAACAUCCCUAGACGUGCUUGUGGAUGUGCAGCCUCUCCAGAUAUUAAGGACCUUCUAAGCAGACUGGAGGAGUUAGAAGGCAUUGUGUCCUCUCUUCGAGAACAAUGUACUACAGGGGCUGGGUGCUGUUCUAAUACACAGACUGCUGAAGGUAUAGUGGAAACUAAGCCUUACUGCAAUGGGCAUGGAAAUUACAGUACUGAAACUUGUAGCUGUAUCUGUGAGCCUGGGUGGAAAGGACCCAACUGUACAGAAGCAGAAUGUCCAGGAAACUGCAAUAACAGAGGGACAUGUGUGGAUGGAAAAUGUGUUUGCAAUCCAGAAUACACCGGAGAGGACUGUGGUGAAUUGGCCUGCCUGAACGAUUGUAAUGACCAAGGAAAAUGUGUUAAUGGAGUCUGCGUUUGCUUUGAUGGCUUUGCUGGCGAUGACUGCAGUGAAGAAGUGUGCCCCGUGCCUUGCAGUGAGCAUGGCAAGUGUGUGAAUGGCCGAUGCUUGUGUGAGGAAAACUAUGUUGGGGAGGACUGUAGCGAGCCCCUGUGUCCAAACAAUUGCAACAACCGUGGACGUUGUGUGGACAAUGAAUGCAUAUGUGAUCAUCCUUACACAGGAGAGGACUGUAGCGAGUUGAUUUGCCCCAAUGACUGCUUCGACCGUGGUCGUUGUGUAAAUGGUGUGUGCUAUUGUGAAGAAGGGUACACUGGUGAGGACUGUGGUGAACUGGCCUGUCCAAACAACUGCAACAAUAAGGGAAAAUGUGUAAAUGGGCUUUGCGUGUGUGAUGCAGGAUUCACUGGGGAUGACUGCAGUGAACUGAGCUGUCCAAACAACUGCAACAACCAGGGACGUUGCGUGAAUGGAGUGUGCGUAUGCAAGGAAGGCUUCAUGGGAGAGGACUGUAGUGAACUGAGAUGUCCAAAUGACUGCAGUGAUAAAGGCCGCUGUGUAAAUGGACAGUGUGUCUGUGAUGAAGGAUUUAUGGGUGAGGACUGCAGCGAACUAAGAUGCCCCAACGAUUGUAACAAUAGAGGCCGCUGUGUGAAUGGCCAGUGUGUGUGUGAUGAAGGAUUUAUGGGCGAUGACUGCAGUGAACUGAGAUGUCCCAAUGACUGUAACAACCAAGGCCGUUGUGUGAACGGGCAGUGUGUGUGCGAUGAGGGAUUCAUGGGACUGGACUGCAGUGAACUAAGAUGCCCCAACGACUGUAGCAACAGAGGACGUUGUGUCAAUGGUCAGUGCAUAUGCGAUGAUGGGUUCAUGGGAGAGGAUUGCUCAGAAUUAAGAUGUCCUAAUGACUGCAACCACAGAGGACGCUGUGUCAAUGGACAAUGUAUAUGCGACAAUUUAUUCAUGGGUGAUGACUGCGGUGAACUUCGCUGCCCUGACGAUUGUAAUAACAGAGGACAAUGUAUCGAUGGCCAGUGUGUAUGUAAUGAAGGAUUCACGGGAGACAACUGUGGUGAAUUAACUUGCUUCAACAACUGCAACAACCAAGGCCGUUGUGUCAAUGGACAAUGCAUCUGUGAUGAAGGUUUUAUCGGAGAUUUCUGCUCUGAAGUAUCACCCCCAAAAGAUUUAGUUGUGACAGAUGUAACCACUAAAACCAUGAACCUUGAAUGGGUCAACAAAAUUAAAGUUUCUGAAUAUCUUGUUACCUACGUCCCCACAAGCCCUGGUGGCUUAGAGUUUGACUUCAGAGUCCCUGGGGACCAAACAACAGCCACUAUUAGAGAACUUGAACCUGGAGUAGAAUACUUUGUCCGCGUCUAUGCCAUCUUGAGGGACCAGAAGAGUAUCCCAGUAAGCGCCAGGGUUGCCACACACCUGCCUAGCACAGAUGAUCUCAGGUUUAAAUCAAUAAAGGAAACUUCUGUGGAUGUGGAGUGGGAUCCUCUAGAUAUCUCCUUUGAUACUUGGAAACUCAUCUUCCAGAAUACCAAAAAACAAAAUGGAGAGAUAACCACCAGCUUGGAAAGUUCUGUAACAUCUUUUGAGCAGCAAGGACUGGCGCCAGGAGAAACUUACGAAGUAUCGAUCCAGGUUGUGAAGAACAAUACGCUCGGACCUGCUUUGACCAAGCUCACCACUACAAGACUUGAUGCCCCAAGUGAAGUUGAUGUCAAGGAUGUCACAGACACAUCUGCCUUGAUAACGUGGAUGAAACCUCUAGCUGAGAUCGAUGGAGUUUCUCUGACCUACGGGACCGGAAAUGAGCCCAGGACCACAGUGGAACUGUCUGAAGAUGAAACCCAAUAUGCCAUGAACAACCUAAGACCAGAUACAGAGUAUGAGGUUAUCUUAAUAUCUAGACGUGGAGAAAUGACCAGUUCUCCAGUUUCAGAAACUUUCACUACAGAUUUAGACACACCAAGAAACUUGAAAAAAGUGUCACAGACUGACAGCACUAUUACUCUGGAAUGGAAGAACACUGUGGCUAACAUUGACUUCUACAGGAUCAAGUUUGCCCCACUUUCAGGAGGAGACCAUGAAGAAAUAACUGUACCUAGGAGCAAGCAGGCUACUACCAAGGCCACCCUUACAGGGUUGAGACCAGGAACUGAAUAUGGCAUCGGACUAACAGCAGUGAAACAAGACAAAGAAAGUUCUCCUGCUACCAUCAAUGCAGCAACUGAUUUGGAUGCCCCCAAGAACUUGGAGGUCACUGGGUCUACCGAAACUACAUUGAAUGUACGAUGGAUAAUCCCAGUAGCCAAGUUCGAUGGAUACCGUCUCACUUACAUCAGCAGCGGUGAUUCUGAGAGCGAACUCCAGGUUCCUGGAGAUGCCAGUUCCUAUAUACUGACUGGGCUUGAACCUGGUAAAGAAUACACCAUUUCAUUGGUUGCAGAGAAAGGCAGACACAAGAGCAAACCCGCAACGGCUAUUGGACGUACUGAAGCACCUCUGGAGCUGGGCAACCUAUUGGUAUCCCAUGUAGACUGGGACUCCUUUAAACUCACGUGGGCAGCUCCAGAGAAGAACUAUGAGAAAUUUGUGAUUGAGGUUAAGGAUACUGAUGAUGAUGAAGAAGAUACCAAAACCAUAGUGGUUCCUGGAGAACUUCGCUCUUUGGAAGUGCCGGACUUGAAACCGGCUUCAAAAUAUGUGAUCACAUUAUAUGGUGUGAUUCAGGGAUCUAAUACUAAGCCUCUCAUUGGUGAAGCUGUCACAGAAAAAAAGCCAGAAGUAGACAACUUGUCCAUCACCAACGUAACACCCAAGAGCUUUGAUCUGUCCUGGACAGCAACGCAAGAUGAGUUUGAUGGAUUUGUUAUAGAAAUCGUUGAUACAGAAAAGUUAUUGGAGCCAGUGAAAUUAAAUGUCUCUGGCCAUCUCAGGAAUACUCCUAUCUCAGGGUUAUUACCCAACACUGAUUACACCAUCUACCUCUAUGGCAUUGUCCACGGUCGACCUACACAACCUAUUAGCACUUCAGCCUCUACAGAGACAGAACCUGAAGUCGGAAACCUUGUGGUUUCCCAAAUUACCCCAAACAGUCUCCAUCUGUCAUGGACAGCUGACGAAAGUGGUUUUGACAACUUUAUCAUUAAAAUGCAAGAUACAAAAAAGCAGUAUGAGCCAAUAACACUAACAGUGCCAGGCAGCGAACGGUCAACUGUUGUGACAGGACUAAGAGAUGGCACUGAAUAUGAGAUCGAUCUGAAUGGCGUUUCUAGUGGUCAGCACUCUCCAUCAAUUGUAGGAGAGGCAACAACAGCCCUGGGGUCUCCAGAAGGACUUUCAUUCUCUGACAUUACCGAGAACUCUGCUAAAGUCAUCUGGCUCGCACCGAAGAUCCGGGUUAACAAAUUUCUGAUCACUUAUGUUCCUGUAACUGGAGGUGCCAGCAACACAGUGGAAGUGGAUGGUUCCAGAACCCAAACUACUUUAGUAAACCUUCUGCCAGGUGUUCAAUACCUUGUAAGUCUCGUAUCCGUGAAAGGCAGUGAAGAAAGUGCGCCCGCCUCCGAUACCCUGACCACAGCUCUCGACAGUCCAUCAGGCCUAAGAGCCAUUAACGUCACCGAUUCCGAAGCCCUGGCCCUGUGGAAACCAUCUUUGGCAUCUGUGGAUAAUUAUGUUAUCACCUAUACCGCCAAGAACGCUCCGGCAGUAGAGGUCACAGUCUCAGGCAACAUUGUCGAAAAUGACAUCAUCGGGCUACAGCCGGCUACUGAAUAUACAUUAAAGAUCUAUGCUGUUAGAGGACCACUUAGAAGUCGGGAAAUCUCUACUGUAUUCACUACAGCUUUGGAUGGUCCUAGAGAUUUGUCAGCUACUGAAAUUCAGGCAGACUCCGCUCUGAUCACAUGGAGGCCACCAAGAUCCAUGAUCACAGGUUUCUUGCUUAUCUAUGAGUCUGUGGAUGGAACAGUCAAGGAAGUAGCUUUGGGACCAGAUGCCACCUCUUACAGAUUACUAGACCUCAGUCCUUCUUCUCAGUAUACAGUAAGACUACAGGCAUUAAAUGGAGAUAUCAAGAGCAAAUUCAUUCAAACUAUAUUUACAACAACUGGGCUUCUAUAUCCAUUACCAAGAGAUUGCUCUCAGGCUAUUCUAAAUGGAGAGUCGGAAUCAGGAAUGUAUACAAUUUAUGCAAACGGUGACCAGUCACAACCUAUGGAAGUAUUUUGUGACAUGGAGGUGGAUGGAGGUGGAUGGAUUGUGUUUGUGAGAAGAACUGAUGGGUCUGAAGAUUUUUACAGAAAUUGGAGAACCUACGCCGCUGGGUUUGGAGAUCCCAAAAAUGAAUUUUUCUUAGGUCUGGAUAAUCUGCACAAAAUUACAUCCCAGGGACAAUACGAGCUUCGUGUUGACCUUAGAGACCAAGGUGAAACUGCCUACGCUGUUUAUGAUAAAUUUGCAGUUGGCGAUUCCAGGAGUCGCUACAGACUAAGGGUUGAUGGUUACUCUGGAACAGCAGGAGAUUCAAUGACUUAUCACAAUGGUCGUCCAUUUUCCACAUUUGACAAGGACAAUGAUUCUGCUAUUACCAACUGCGCUCUGUCCUAUAAAGGAGCUUUCUGGUACAAGAAUUGUCACAGAGUGAACCUUAUGGGCAGAUAUAAGGACAACAGCCACAGUCAGGGAAUCAAUUGGUUCCAUUGGAAGGGUCACGAACACUCCAUUGACUUUGCAGAAAUGAAGAUAAGACCAGCCAGUUUCAGAAAUCUUGAAGGAAGACGAAAGAGAUCAUAAAGACUAAUAUAUUAUCAGCAAAAGAAAAAGAAGAAAAAGUGGGCAGACUGACUUCAAUAUUGAAUUACACCAGCCAGUCUACGCCCACCUACUAUUCAACUCAACCCCAAAAAAGAAGUGUCUUACAGAAAUACCGCAGUGUCUUAAGUAUGUCAUUGCUUAAAGGUGUUUUGUGGCCCAGAUAACACCAAAGACUUUUUGAUGCAACUAAACAUGCUUACAGCAUCCCCCUCAAAUGAUACAGAAAGGGAAAAAAGAGGGAUUGAACAUUGACAGGAACAAUGAAAAAAAUGAAGUGUACAGUGGUAGAUUUAGAAAUUGUCAUACUUUGAACAAAGCUAUUGUUUAAUAUUUUGUCAUACGUAAAUUGUUUUAUUUGGUAGGUUGGGUGACUUUUAUAUAAAAAAAAUAAUUACAUUGGAAAUUGUAUCAAAACAAAACAUUUUGUGUGGGUUGGAAAUUUUAUAUUAUUUUUGAAAAAAAAAUGUCAUCUGAAAAAAAUAAAAUCCUUUUGGAAAGUUUGUUAAUAAACUUGAAGUAGGCCCCUUAAUGUACAUCAUGAUAUUACAAAGGGAUUGUACAAGAUAAGCAAAAUAUGACUGCUUUCUGCAACAAACAGUGCCACUCCUGUCCACAGGUUGUGUAAGGUAUUGCAGUCAGCACCAUUCACUUGAAUGGAAAUGAGCUGCAAUCUCAGACAUGGCCCACAAACAGAUGUGUCGUUGUUUCUAGAAGAAGGUAAAGAUGUUUUUCUAAUCCUGCACAAAAGGUCAUGUGUAAGGGUUUUGACAGCUCAUUAAAAUUCGUUUGGAAGAGAAUCCACAUUUAUUGCCUUUGUUUUUUGGCCAGCUGCUCGAAAACUAUCAUACUUCUUCUCUUUCUAAUAAUAUGACAGAUAGUUGCCCAAAGUAGCGGCUAAAAGUAUUAGGUAAAAGUCUUGAUAUUUAUAAAGAAAAUGUAUAAUGUAUAUUCAAUUGAUUGAGAUUUAAUUGAUGGUUAAGUCACGGGUUCACUUUUGUCCAUCUUAUUCCAUUUUAUGUAUGGAUAUACUUUGUAUAACUAUCACAUACAUUGACCUAUUGAUUGUAUCUAUGUAUGCAACAUCCCGAACAAAAUUAUUCCCAAUUAUUCUGUACAAUUGAUAUAGCUAGUGAUUUGGGCCCAUUGAGCACAUCGAGUCUUUUGCACCAUCUUUAGUAUGAGGAUACAAAAUAACAAAAUAACAACAAAGAGUUGCAUUCAGACUUUUCUUAUUUGCUAGUUGAUAAGUCAACAGUUUGUCGACAGACACUCCCCCAGGACCCUGACUUAGCGGCUGUACUACCUCAAUUCUGCAGUACCUUUUGGGAGAGUAAAGGUGACCAUACCCUGUCAAUAGUUAAAUGUUAGUUCAGCUGACGGUUAUCUCUCCCAACCUUCCCAUACACAUAUAUGUUUGAUAAGGCCAAACAUUCUAAUCUAGAGGAAGAGGUAAGCUUCAUCAGACAGCUCAGUUGGGAACAUUUGGGUUGAACAGUUAAAAUCCAACAUCUCCAACCCUUCUCUCCCACAACAUUAUCUGUAGGGGAAAAGUCGGGAGCCCGCCAACCACCAUACACUUUAGACAGUCGGCUGAUUUGGCUGACUUUUAUCUAAAGUGUAUGGAGGCUUUAAAGAUGGCCAAAUACUUUAGAUAUCUGCUGUCCUAAUGAUCCUUCAGGCUUCCAUGGACAGCCAAGUGGGCAUGUAUUCUCAAAGGGAAGAAGGGAAGAAAGCCAAAAACAGAAAACCCCUGGCGGCAAUAUACCUAAUGUAAAAACAAAACAAAUCUGUUCAACAUGCUUCGCCAUUGCCUUUCCCAAUAAUCUGAAAUCUGUGGGUUUGGCCGGAAUUUUUCAAAUGCCUAUAGCCAUCUUUACCCUUUCUUAAAACAGAUUAUAAGCGUAUGUUAAGUCUAGGGGCAAUAGCCUACAGCAUAUUUGGUAAUAUUGGUACAACAAAGUAAUUCAAGGUAAAUUGUCCAACUUUUGACAUAGAUUAUGCAUAAAGUAUAAAAUGGUGCACAAAUGUGAACCUAUAAUAAUUUAAAAGAGACCUAGAUUGUAAUGCAAAAAGUUAUAAGAGCGAUAAAAUGACUCUAUACACAGUAUUGGUAUAACAAGUAUAAUAAAGGCAAAAAUGUGGUUAGUUUACAGAUCAGAAGAAGUAUGGUGCAAUUUAGUAUUUUUUUUGCCUUCACUUGUCCUUUAAGCUUACAUAAAAAAACAUAGGUUUUUGUCUUACCUUCUAAUGUUCCAAUGACGAAGAAUGUAUUAAAAUGUAAUUUAAUGUAAUUUCUACUACAUGGGCAGAGAUACUUUGUCAGUCAUGGACUGUACAUACAGUACAAAACAGAAAAGUCGAAGAGGAAAAAAAAAAUUUGAGAAAAGCAAUCACACUAAAUGCACUGUCAUUUGCAAUAAUGUAUAUAAUUUAACAUGACAAACAUUUGUUCUCAAAUUGUAAUGUCAAUAUUUCAGACGUUAAAUGUAAACACUGUAGAACAGCGAGUCUUGUCAGCCAGCGGCUGUAAUUAGCCAUUUUUGUAAAACAAAUAACAUUAAAAAUUUUUUUUUAAAUGUUCAAAUCCAUAAUAUAACAUAAGAGGUUUGCAUGAGGUUGCAAAAAAAAAUAAGAAGUUAGGGUGUUUUUCCCCCCCCAGAAACCGCACCACUUGCCCAUGAUAUUUGCCUGGUAAUGCAGCUCAGGCCCAUUCAGUUGAAUGCAGCUCGACUGCAAUGCCAUGCACAACCCAUAGAGAAGAUUUUUGUAAAUAUUUUCAGAUAAACCCUUUUCAUUUCUUUUAAUUACCUGGAUCUAAAAUCUACAUUUAUGAAAGGGAUUUCCCUCAAACCAUACAUUACCCGUUACAGUACCCAUCCUUUCUCAAUCAAAGCAUUCAGGGCUACCAGACAUGGAAAAAAACCUCACCAGGAAUUUGUGAGAUACUUGCUACCUCACAUCCCCUGUGUAAUGCUAACCUGUAAGAAAUAGAAAGGAUGUUUGGCAAAAAGUUUCUAAUGCCAUCCCCUACAAUAGCCAGCUAUUAGAGAUAAGACACGCAUCGAAAGCCUUAACGAUCUGGAAUAGUAUUACAAAUAUAUAUGACUUUGACCUACUGUGGAGCUUGACUGGGUCUUCGAAUAUGUUUCCUAACCCAACUUCUAGGGUCACAAAUCUUUGCAAGUCCUUUAUUGGUCCAUUUGAUCCAUGCCCGGCCCCUAUAAAGCUUUCUGCAACUCAAGACCGAUUUCUCAUCUCUCUGUAGACCAGGCAUAGGCAACCUUUUGCUCUGCAGACAUUUUGAACUACAUCUCUCAUGCAGCAUUUUGGCUGUAAAAUUAAAAUGGGAGAGGGAGUCCAAAAGCAGUGCCAAAUAUUGCCUAUGCUUGCUAUAGGCUAUUGGGUGUUUCCAGAUGAAAAAAGCCUUUGUGUUUAGCACCAUAUCCAGAUCAGCAGCAAAAUAAAGAACAUUAUUUUAUAUAUGUAACAAAAAAAAAUAUUGAUGGUUGCUAGUUGAUGUUUUUGUACUGUAUAUAUAGAUAUGUUACAAGGGCAAUUAUUCUGUCAAGCACAAAAACAUAGAAAUGUAAAGGAUUUUAUAGUUUUUCUUCGCAGCAGGAUUGCGUGACAGCAUGUUUUAUUUUAUUUUUUUGUAUUCUCUGAAUAAUUUUAAAAAAAAUGGUGGAAUAAUAUAUUGGUGUACAUACUGCCACAACAUAAAAUAUCCAAAACUUACAUCUUUCCAGGCCUCAGCAGCCGGUCAGCCUUUGCACAAUGAUGCUGAUAAAGCUCUUCUCCUAUUAAAAUGUUCACUCAAGUAUCCAUGUGCCUACCAGAUGGUGCCAACUAUUAGGUGAAGCCUUUAGGAAAGAACAAAGUGUCCCUCUGCAUUAUGUACCAUAACCUUUAUUAAGAAAAAAAAUAAAAAAAAUAAAAA